AUGACGAGCAACAUAAAAAAAGGCAGGAAAUCGGUGUUCAAAGAGCUUGGGCUUGACGACAACUUUAGCGAUGAUUGCGCCUCCUCCGCCACCCAACAUUUUCAACAUUCUCGCGAGCGGAAGGAAACCAUGUCAAUGGAAAGGGAGUUUGGACAAGUAUCAGGGUUGGCGCUCAAGCACGGCGACGCCUUGAAUGAUGCCGACGAUGACGGCGACGGCGAUGACGACGACAACGAUGGAGAGAGCAGACAUUCCGGAACCGAACAGCGCGAGGACCCCGGCGAGUCCGAAUCUCGUCGUGGGAACUCGAGUCAGUUUGCGAAGCACCCGUGGUACACCAAGUUGUCGCAGGGUUAUCGGCGGCCACGGAUCAAGGCGGCUUCAAGUGCGCCACCUCCCACCGUCUCGAGCCUACAGCGGCUCGGCAUGAUCGCAUUGCUCAUCGCUGUCAUCCUCCCGGCCUUUAGUUAUAACAACGGUCGUCAGAAAAUUGGGACUGGGGCGGACGCGGGCGUCAUACGCCCGAGAGAUACAACACCGACAAACGUCUGCAUGAGAUGGGCUCAGCAAGCGGCUCUCUUGAACGGAACUCUGUACAUGUACGGUGGUCAGUCUAAAACCGGGGCAUCACAGACCAUCAACACGUGGAACAACGACUUUCUUACCCUCGACCUGACGAAAUCGUGGGAUACGAAGUCCCCUUCCCUAAGAGGAUUAACGAUACCCAACGGACCCCCUGCAGUGGCCAACGGUUUCUUGUGGCGAGAUUACGAUAACCUCUACCUCUAUGGAGGACAGUUUGCCGAUAACGAUGGCGAGGAAGGCGUCUACGCCACGGUGGCUCCGAUGUCAAUCUGGCGAUACUCCAUCAAGGACCAAUCCUGGCUCGAAUUCAGAGACCCUCGCACCUCGGCCGGUAACUACUCGACCGCGGCCAACACGCCUGUCCAGCGCUCUGCAGAAGGCGCGGGCUUGUCAGUGCCUGAGCUUGGCCUGAGUUGGUAUUUCGGCGGCCACCUCGACUGGCUCACAACCGAGGGCUGGUCGGUCCAAACCCCCAGGGUAUAUCUGAAGAGUCUUCUGGAGUUCACCCACCCCGGCUUCAUGAACACCGGGGUCGACUCGCUGCGCGGUGCCGGGGCCGCCGACGGCGGCGUCUUCCGGAACAUCACGGAGGGCGGGCUGCAGGAGACCGACGCCUUCCCCGAAAGGGCGGACGGCGUGCUGGUUUUCGUCCCCGGCUGGGGCGUCAGAGGCGUCCUGAUUGGCAUGGCCGGAGGAUCGGACAAGACAUUCGUAGACGAUCUUGGGACCCUCGACGUCUACGACAUUGCCACGUCGGAGUGGUACCACCAACGGACCACCGGCGACAGGCCAACUGUGCGCGUUAACCCAUGCGCCGCAGUCGCUAGCGCCCCGGACGCUUCAAGCUUCCAGAUCUAUUUCUUUGGAGGCCAGAACCUCCAACCUUAUAGAAACCAAACCCAGUAUAACGACAUGUAUAUCCUUUCCAUCCCCGCGUUUACCUGGAUCAAGGUGGACGCAGGCGAGGGAGUUCCCACCCCCCGAGCCGGGCACACGUGUACCAUGCGCGACGGCCAGAUCAUUGUCGCGGGCGGGUACCUCGGCGAAGACUCUCAAUGCGAAUCCCCGGGUGUCUACGUAUUUGACGCGAGCAACCUCGAGUGGAGAAGCGGGUUUGAGGCUGGAGGCCAUCCAGCGGAUCUUGAACCCGGAAACUCCGUUGCGGCCGGAUCGUACGGUUACAAGGUCCCCGGCAAGGUCCAGAGCGUCAUCGGCGGCAACUCCGAGGGCGGGGCCACCGCGACGACCCCGGCCGCCGGCCCUGCCACCGGCGGUCCGUUCGCAACAGGCAAGCCUCCGGUUUUCACAAUCACGCAGGGCGGCUCGACCGCCACAAUCACCUCUUUUGGUCCGACCAGCACUUCUGCCCCUGGCGAGAGUUCAGGAGACAGCAGAGGCACCAACCCCGGCCUCAUCGCGGCGGGCGUCAUCGCCGGCAUCCUCGGAGCCCUUGCGCUAUAUCUAGGUUUCUGCGCAUGGCUGUACCGGCGUCAGGUCGCCGCCUACAAGCAGCACCUGUCCCAGGUCAACCGCUACUCGGGCGCCAGCUCCAUGCACUUCGGGGCCGCCGGCUUCUUCCCCAGCCGGGGCGAGAAGAGCAGUCGCAGGCACAACCGCGACAACAGUGUUGUCAGCGAGGAGUCGUUCUCGUGGGUCGGCACCGGCGUGGAGCCCAAGUGGAUGACGGACGAUCCCACGCCGGGUUCCGGCUCAGGCGGUAGCGGGAGCGGGCUGAAUAGGAAGAGCGAGGAUGCGAGGACGUUCAAGAGCGGCCCGAGCGGGACCGGGAACGACCCGCGGACCAGCUCGAGCAGGCACGCCAACACCGACAACGACAGCAUCUCGAGCACGGAGCAGCUGCUCGACGGACAGGAGCCGAGUUUCUUCUCGGUCGUCAUGGGCCCCAGACGUGCUCUGAGGGUUGUCAACAGCACCGAAUAG